CCCUGCUCCGCCUCUCCGGUUGCACGGGCGGCUGGGCGCGAAGGAGCGCGGCGGCGGGGCCGGGGCCGGGGCCGGGGAUGGCUUUCGAGGCGCUGGCGGAGGCGGCGGAGCGCUGGUGCGCCCGCACGCCCUUCCAGCUCAUCGCCGCCGAGGAGACCGAGCGCCGCAUGGACUUCUACGCCGAGCCCGGCGUCUCCUUCUACGUGCUGUGCCCGGAGGCCGCCUGCAGCGACAAUUUCCACGUGUGGAGCGAAAGUGAGGACUGCUUACCUUUCCUGCAGCUCGCCCAGGAUUACAUCUCUUCCUGUGGGAAGAAGACGCUCCAUGAAAUACUGGAAAAGGUCUUCAAAUCCUUCAGGCCUCUACUUGGGCUUCCAGAUGUUGACGAUGAUGCAUUUGAAGAGUAUAACGCAGAUGUGGAAGAAGAGGAACCAGAAGCCGAUCACCAACAGAUGGGUGUCAGUCAGCAGUGAUUGUCUAAGAAGCUAAAGAACAUUCAGAAGCCUUUGGUACCAGGUGGGGUCAGGUGGUCCCACGUUAGCGUGUUCGAACUAGCACAUCACAUGGAGAUAUCUGGCUCCCAGGAUAAAGGUUUUACUAAAUGGUUUAAAAGAAUUUAAUAAUAAUAAUCAUAAUAAUAAUCUGUGAUGAGCUCUGCUAAGAAGUGACCUGAAUUUUGCUCCUGCUUCAGUGGGUUUUCUAUGGAGUUGUCUUGGUAGCAUCCUGCCGUUAUCAGCCUAGAAGUAGUUUUGUCGCUGACUUGUCUCUUCGAUUUGUGUCCGAGAGUAGCGUUCACUGACAUGAAUGUAGAGUACCGAGGAUGGAGGAAGCAUGUGGUGAGAGGGCUGAGUCCUCACCAGUGACCUUUUGGAGGCACCAGCGCAGCGAAGCAAACACCACCUGCGCUUUUCUUUUUAGUUAAACAGGGUUUUUGGCAAAGUAACCAAACUUGGAGAGAUUUCUCCUGAAAAACGCUAGUUUAAUGGCCGGCACUGCAGAAGUGCACAUGAAGGCUUAACAAAACCAGUGGGAAGCGGGAAACCCAGGGGAGUAUUGGUGUCAGACAUAGGGAUGUUGGUUUACUGACACCUGAGUUUGCAAGUGCUGAAUUACUGACUGGGAGUAAUAAACAUCAGCACUUGUAACCAAUCCUGGUCCAUAUGAUCCAAAGCCAAAUGCUGCUUUCAUGCAAAUCAAUCUAAAACCAGCCAUCGCCUAUCCCACCUCUGCAUGACAACCAACUUCAAGCUUUGCGCUUUUUUAAUGCACUGCUAAAUUAUAUCUCCAACCUCGUGGCAUCAUGAACUGAAGUGCAACUUAACUUGGAAGCCAUAAGGGUAUAAACCAGCACCUGGCUCUUAAGAUGCCAGACCUGUUCUUCUCCCUGGGCCUUUGAGCUGGUCCAGGCAUUUACAUCUCAUUGGAGGGGAGCUAAAACACUGCUACUACCUUGGCUGAUUUAAAACUUAGUGAGGUUUUAUUUAGCUGGGACCUUUUUCCUCAGAGGGGUUUGGUGGGGUCUUGGUCUACAGGAGAAGAAGACCUCUUGUAUUUUGUACCUACUUUGCAUAGAUUUUAGUGACUUGGAUGAGUACCAGACUGUGAAGAUGCAGGGUCUCUUUAUUUCCUUGCCUUUUGUACUGCGCAUACGAGAAGCGGAGGAGAUCCUGUUGUAAUACAGACGUUUUCCACAAUUGAGCAAAAUGUUUCUAAAUUUACUCCUUUUUCUGACUUUUAAAAACUAAGGAAAUGAAGGUCACGUGUUUCAAAGAGCCCUUUUAUACAGUAUUAGCUUUAUAAAGCAACACGUGAGCAAAGAGAAAAUCCUUGGACAACUUGUAGAAACAACUUGGAGCGUUCUGAAAACCUUAUUGUUGGCAAUGUCUCCUUUUCAGUAGGUUUGUUAAAGACUUUUCUUUUUAAGAUUACUGAAGAGAGCCGGUUUUCUUGGUGGUUUACAUUUCUGAUGGUGGCUUGAGAGAUGCACAGCACCUGAGUCUUUCAAUCUGGGGCAAAGACCUUCCGUAACCAGGGUGGUAUGGAAGUGUGCACAGAAGUGUCUGCAACACUGUAAAAGUCACGAGUUUAAGACUAUCAAAAAGAAGUGGAAGAGAAACAGAGCUUAGUUCAACUUUGUACAUUCUUUUGGCAUGCAGGCAUAAACACGGUAGUCACAGCACAUUUUCUAUGGACUAGUGACAUGAGGACUAUAGCAGUUCAUUGUAUAACACUGUACAGCAGCAAUAGGCUUUUUGCUUACUAAAAUAAAGUGUGAGAAAGACCA